AUGAAGUUUUAUAUUGCAUUCAGCGUGGUUCUUGCCGUCGCUUCGGCUGCGCCUUUGGCUGAGACCGAAACACAGCCAACUUAUCUCCUUGAAAAAUCUCCUAUUGGUAGGCAGCAAAUCGGUGGCCUUAGCCUCCCGUCGGCCUGGGCAUCAACUAUAAACACUGGUGCUGGUCCUAUUAACUUCGGGAACGUUAAUAAAGGUACCGGUCUUCAGCCCAGUCAAAUCGUUCACUAUGGUACUGAAAAUCAGCCUCAUCAGGGAUACAUCGCUCCCAAGGUCAUUGAAACAACUGCGAAGGAAGCCAUGUUCCAGGUGACCAAGGCUGAGAAGGCUGAUGAUCUCAUCAACGUCAAUAUGGAUGUGGGUAAGCUGGCUUGGACAGGCCGUUAUAGCAAGCAUGCGGCCACGAACGACGAGGACGAGGACGAUGAAGAUGAGAACUCCAAGUGGGCCCCUUACCCUUGGGGUUAUCCGCCGUAUUGGAGACACCGUCAUCAUUGGCGCUGGUGGCGCCGCCAUCGCCACUACCCUCCAUGGUGGUACUAA